CAACACAUAACCUCAAAGUCACUUUAUUUUCCGUGUUUUGAUGUAUUUUUUUAAAUAAACACUUUUAGGUACGAAAUAUGUCCAAUCCUCAGGAUGAAUUGUGUCCACCGCCCGGUGAUGAUGAUGAGUUGACACUGCCCCGCGCCAGCAUCAAUAAAAUGAUAAAAGAACUGAUCCCCUCAAUACGGGUGGCGAACGAGAGUCGGGAGCUCAUCCUCAAUUGCUGCACAGAAUUCAUCCACCUGAUCAGUUCAGAGGCGAAUGAGGUGUGCAAUUUGCGCAACAAGAAGACAAUAAACGCUGAACAUGUUCUGGAAGCGCUGGAGAGGCUCGGCUUCAAGGACUACAAGCAGGAGGCGGAAGCUGUGCUCAAUGACUGCAAGGCCGUGGCGGCGAAGAGGCGCCGGCAGAGCACGAGACUGGAACAUUUGGGGAUUCCGGAGGAAGAGCUGCUGCGACAGCAGCAGGAACUCUUCGCGAAGGCCAGAGAAGAGCAAGCAGCCGCCGAGCAAGCACAGUGGAUCAGCAUGCAGGCGGCGGUGGGACAGAAGGAUAACAGUCUGGACAACGAAGACGACGAGGAAGAGUACUGAUUUUAAUUUAAUACAAAACACACACAGUUCAAAA